UGCGGAAAGAGCGGACGCUCGCAUACAGGGAACAUUCGUGGCACGCCAGUCGGUCGUACAACACUUUUGAACGAGCUUUUCUGCGAGCAGAUGCGAUGUAAGCGCGAUUUUCCGCUGUUUUCCCCAAGCGUCAUUAAAAGUGCAUCAUCGAGUGCAUAGCCACCUCGGACGGAAGAGGCUGAGGGCAUGAGAUAAAGUGCGCCAGUGGCGUCUACCAGGUGAACGAGAGCAACAUGGAUCCCAUAGGCUCCAGCUGCUUCAACCUCCAGCUCGAAAACGAGCGAGCCAAAAAGGAAGAAGAGGAAGUGCUCAAAAAUGACAAACUAGCGGAAAUCCUCUGCAGCGUCCGCUCCCUGACUAAAUAUGAGGGCCGCUCGUUGCGUUCCCUCUGCCCACAGAUCACCGCAGCGUCGAUCGCCGCCUCCUACCACAUCGUGGUCGGCAUUGGGUUCGCCUACUCCGCCAUCCUGAUCCCCAACUUGAGCCUCAAUGGCACCAACUCCACCGACGGCCAGAUCAGCGCCACCAAGACGGAGUCGUCCUGGAUCGCCAGCGCCAUGGUGAUUGUGGCCCCCAUUGGCGGAAUCUCGGCCGGAUUUGUCAUGGACUGGAUUGGGCGGCUCAACACCAUCAAGCUGGCCCUGAUCCCGAGCGCCAUCGGUUGGGUGCUGAUCGCGAUGGCCUCGAACGUCCCCAUGUUGAUCAUCGGACGGAUCUUGACCGGAUUCGGCACCACGUGGGGAAGCAGCCCGGCCACGGUUUACAUCACGGAAAUCGCCCGCGCCGACAUGCGAGGCUCCCUGAUCUCUUUCGCGCCCGCUUUUGCCUCCCUAGGAAUGAUGCUGGCCUUCCUCAAGGGCUGGCUGAUGCAUUGGCGUACGGUCGCCUGGAUGUGUCUGGGCUACUCCAUCGUGCCCGUCAUCCUCAUCCAGCUUUUCAUCCCGGAAAGUCCCGCCUGGCUGGUGUCUCGCGACCGCAUCGAAGAGGCGGCCAAGGCGCUGCGCUGGCUGCACAGCAACCAGCCGCAGCCGGAGCAACGGCCCGAGACUCUGGCGGAGCUGCAGCUGCACCUGCUGCAGCGGGAGCACCAGAUCAAGCAGGAGGAGGCGCUGAAGAACGGCACUGGGUUCCUGGUGAAAGUGAGGCAAUUCCUGCGGCCCACCGGCUACAAGCCGUUGAUUAUUCUGUUCGGGCUGUUCUUCUGCCAGCAGUUCUCCGGAAUCUACAUUACGCUGUUCUAUUCGGUGACCUUCUUGGAGUCCAUCGGAUCGUCCACCAAUCCGUACCUGGCCUCGAUCAUGAUCUGCACGGUUCGCUUCAUCAUGUCCUGCAUCAACACGUACAUGCUGCGCAGCUUCCAUCGGCGCCCCCUGAUCAUGACCUCCGGCGUGGGGAUGGCGCUCUGCAUGGGUUUCGCCGGCUUCUUCUCCAAAUGGAUCAUCGAAGGCAGCUCGGACAUGAGGUGGGUGCCCACCAUGCUGCUGCUCUUCUUCGUCAUCACGUCCAUGAUUGGCCUGCUGCCCAUUCCGUGGACGAUGACGGCCGAACUGUUCCCGAUCGAGAUCAGGGGCGUGGCCCACUCGAUUGCCUACAGUGUCAACAACUUGAUCAUGUUCGCCUCGAUCCAGUCCUUCUACACGUUGGAGGACUGGUUUGGAGGCAUUGUGGGCGUGCAAUGGUUCUUCGCGGCGAUCUCCCUGCUGGCCACCGUCUACACGUUCAUUUUCCUGCCGGAGACGCACGGCAAGAAGCUGUCUGAAAUCACCGACUACUUUGUGCACAGUGGCGCGUUCUAUGUGCUGUCGAAGGAGCGCAGCAAGCCGAAGAAAGCCGCCACCAGUAGGGCGCCCAGGAAAAACAUCGUGAAACACGGUGACCCCCUAUUGGCGGACGGUCAGCGCCAAUAACCCACCCCCCGCCCCCCAACCAAUAGCUUUAGGAGCGACAGUAUUUAUUUUUCUACAGCGAAAAUACGGGACUUUUUUACACGAAAAAACCGAAAGGAAGGGACAUGUUGUGAUACAGAUCAAACGCCUUAGUGAGUAAAAACUCGUCAAUUCCAA